AUAACAAAGACGAUUUGACCAAGAAUAAUUAUACUAGAUAUUAAGUAAAGAGUGAUAUAAAUAAGUCAACAGUUGACCUUGGGCUUCCUUGGUUCGUCAUGCCAAGCCCAAACAUCAACUAUCGGUCCCUGGCCGAAGAGAAUCCGUUCAAAACACACGAGGAACCAACAACAACAAAGACGGACGACGCAAAAUCAUUUACAGCUGCUGCGCAUUUAGACCCCGACCCCCUCAAUGACCAUGAUCACGAAAACGAAGAUACACCGCGUAACAGCGGAAUCAUGAUACAUAUAGUGCCCGAAACGGGCAAAACGCGUUGGAACCACAUCGAGGAUCUGGAUUCCUUCUUCUCCCGCAUGUACAAUUAUCAACAGAAACACGGAUUUCUUGUAAUCGUGUUGGGUGAGGUAUUCCAAGUGCUGGAAUUCGGUUUCGUAGUGUGGCUGCUCACAUUUACGACACACUGCAUCGACCACGAUGUGCUCUUUGGCAAUAAGCCACCGGCGAGCAAUUCUACAAAGACUACGCUUAGCGAUGUGAUAAUACCUACUGGAAAGUGCGUAGCUGAGUUCGGCGCAUUCACGUUUUUCUUCAUAUUUAUAGCCGUCAUAUAUCUAGGCAUUAGACUGUUAAAGAUGAUAUAUCAUAUAACGCAAUACGCCGAUAUCAAGAAGUUCUACAAUACAGCCCUGCGCAUUGAGGAUGCGGAAUUGGAUAAUAUAACAUGGCACGAAGUGCAACAGCGCAUUCGGAAAGUGCAGGCUGAGCAGCACAUGUGCAUCGACAAGGAGCAGCUUACCGAGCUGGACAUAUACCACCGCGUGCUGAGAUUCAAGAACUACUUAGUGGCGCUGAUGAACAAGCAGUUGCUACCCGUGCGUUUUCGUUUGCCAUUAAUUGGAGAGGUGGUAUCACUCAGCCGCGGGAUGCUCCUCAAUGUCGAGUGGAUACUCUUCCGCGGUCCAGGCUCGCCGUUCCAAAAUAAUUGGCAACUGCGCGACGAGUUCACCGUACGCAGCAAUCAAGCGGAAUUGGCCCAGCGCCUUUCCAAUUUGAUACUCUUUGUAGCGCUUGCGAACCUGCUGCUAUCGCCUGUGAUCUUCUUGUGGCAGCUUAUCUACUUUAGUUUCUCCUAUGCCAACAUACUCAGAAAAGAACCGAGUGCCUUAGGCUUGCGAACGUGGUCCAACUACGGACGCCUGUACUUGCGCCAUUUCAACGAAUUAGACCACGAGCUGGACGCCCGACUGAACCGUGCCUAUGAGUAUGCUGAUCGCUACUUAAGCUCAUUCUCCUCGCCACUGGCGGCUGUGAUAGCACGAAAUUUACUUUUCGUAAGCGGAGGUGUGCUUCUACUUAUAUUGGGCUUUGGCAUCUAUGAGGAGCAUGUCUUCCAGGUGGAGCACGUGCUGACCAUCAUUGCUAUACUCACCGUUGUGGGCGUUGUGUGUCGAUCAAUGAUACCUGACGAGAAUUUAAUUUGGUGUCCAGAGCAAUUGAUGACCGCCAUCUUAGCCCAUGUACACUAUCUUCCUACAGAAUGGAAACAACAGGCACAUACCGCUCACGUUCGUGAUGAGUUUGGAAAUUUCUUCCAAUUCAAGGCAGGCUAUCUGCUCAGUGAAAUUUUCAGCCCAUUUGUCACGCCAUUUGUGCUGAUCUUUGUUUUUAGGCCAAAAGCCAUAGAGAUUGUUAAGUUUUUCAGGAGUUUCACCGUUUCUGUUCGAGGUGUGGGCAAUGUGUGCUCCUUUGCGCAAAUGGAUGUGCGAAAACACGGCAAUCCGGAUUGGCAGAUCAACAACAGUGCGGUCGGUGAAAUGCCCCCAAUAGUGCCUGAAGAUCCCACCAAACCGCAACAACAAAGCCUGGUAGGCGGCAAAACAGAAAUGUCUCUUCUAAGAUUCACCCUUAACAAUCCUGAGUGGCACAUGCCCAAAGAGGCAUCGGCAUUCAUAAAGGGCAUACGCGAGCAUGCCAUCGAUGAGUUGGUCAGAGCCAAGACCAGUCGACAGCCUGGCGCCAAAGAGAACCCACUUACCCAAAGCCUGCACUCCUUCGGCACUAUUGGCGAGGAGUACAGCUCCAUAGCCAAUUCGGUGAUGGCCGCACAGGUCAGUCCCGAACAGAUGGAGCUAUCACAGUCAUUGUCAGCGGCGCGUGGAGUUAAUGUAGCAGGCAGCGACUUCCGUCAAAUGCUGCAACAAAAUCUUGGCGAGCCGCUCAGCAUCGGCAGUGCUGGGCACGCCAGCUCACGCCAAAUGUCCACCUCGGUGGGUCCGCUCGAUAGCAUGCGUCGCUUGCGUUUGAGCAAGGCAGAGGGGCGCAUUGAGGGACCAGCGGAUACUUUGCUCUACAGUCUGUACGGAGUGGAUUCCAAGCUGGCCAAGAAUCCGAUCGGGGUUACUGUUGCGGACAUGUGUCUGAGCGCACUUUAUCUUCACGAAUUAAGUCAACAAAAGCGCAAGGCGCGCCAACAAUGCGCCGACAUCGAAGAAGCGGACGAGGAGCCGGGGCCCAGCAAUAAACGACAACAGCAGCCACCACCACCGCCGCCACCCUCAGCACCGUCUGGAUCCUCGCGACACGCCUUAAUUACCUCAAAGGCGGCCGAGAGUACUCCGCUGUUGGGUAGCAUACGUUCAUAGCAGCAAGCCGUGUGGAUUUAGUUUAAGGAAAACCCAUGCUACUAGUGAUUAAUAAUUUUUAAUCGAAGUGUGAAAUCAAACGAUGUAUAAUAAUUAAACAAAAGCAAUAAAUUAACAGCAUCAACGACUCCUCAA